UUGCCUUAGUGAUCCUCCCAACUAUUUAAAAGAAGAUAAUAAUGCCUGUCUUGCAAGAAAUUUAGGCUGAUUACUUCACUGGGUGUUAUGCAAGAGGGAGUCUUCACGUUGUGUCAUGCAGUUUCACUCCUGAUGCUUAAGAUCAGCUAGAAACUCCAAUGGUGGAUAUAAGUGCAAACUGUUGAUCACAGAGAAGUCUUCAGUGGCUUCUGGACACGGAUCUGAUUUUUGAACCUUUAGGAAAUGCAUUUACCACGGAGAAGGCGGCUACAACGGAACCGAAUCUUUUUCUUGCUUGCCAUAGUAUUGGUCCUCUCUUUCUAUCAGCUCCAGAUCAGCCCCCCUGGCCUUCCAGCACCACAUACAGCCCCCCAACCCGAGGACCCUGUGAAAGUUACCCCCAGGGACCUCCCCAGCAACAAGACUGCCAUAACAGGCAAUGGCACAGCAACACCCAAAAUAAGGCACUGUGUAUAUGUGGAUCCUGAGCCAACUGUGCCCAUCACUACAUCAGUGGAUACAACACCACAGCAAGAAAACGUCAGUGCAAGCUACCCAGACGAAAAGCCAAAAUAUGAAUCCAAAGGAGAAUAUCCCCAGGACCUAUUCAGUGUGGAAGAACGCAGGCAAGGGUGGGUUUUACUUCACAUCUUUGGCAUGAUAUAUGUGUUUGUGGCCUUGGCCAUAGUGUGUGAUGAGUAUUUUGUCCCUGCCUUGGGAGUGAUCACAGAGAAGUUACAGAUCUCUGAAGAUGUGGCUGGAGCCACCUUCAUGGCAGCAGGUGGAUCAGCACCAGAACUCUUCACCUCCCUCAUAGGUGUCUUCAUCUCACACAGCAAUGUGGGCAUCGGUACCAUUGUGGGCUCAGCAGUGUUUAAUAUCCUCUUUGUCAUUGGCACCUGUGCGCUCUUCUCAAGGGAGAUACUCCACCUGACAUGGUGGCCCUUAUUUAGAGACAUCUCGUUCUACAUUGUAGACUUACUGAUGCUCAUCCUGUUUUUCCUAGACAGUGUCAUUGAUUGGUGGGAAAGCCUCCUUUUACUGACUGCCUAUGCCACAUAUGUAUUCACUAUGAAACACAACGUGUACCUAGAACAAUGGGUGAAGCAGGAGCUGAACAGGACGCUAAAUACUGUACAGGCAGCAUCAGCAGAGCAUAUGCAGAAGAAAAGCAACGGAGCAGUUGCAGAUGAUGGAACGAAGAAGCCAGCAGAUGGGAGGAAGCUGCAGCCUACAUCAGCUUUACAGCGAGGCAGCAGCUCAGCCUCCCUACACAACUCUCAAAUGCGCAGCACCAUCUUCCAACUCAUGAUUUACACCCUGGACCCCCUGGCAGAAGCAAAAUUUAAAGACAAGGUUGACAUCCUGAGCAACUUGGCCAAGGCUAAGGUAGACUCUCUGAGCAAGCAAGGAUCAAAACCAGAAGCAGAAGAGGAAAAGCCGGCACAAUCACCCAACACUCUUCAAGUAACUCCUGCCAGUGACUCUGAAGCCAGCAAAGACAAACACAAGGCAGACACACCACAAGAUGGACAGCAUUCCUCAGAAAGUGAUGACUCAGAAGACAGCAGCUCUGACAAUGAGGAAGACAGUGAUGACAGCACGGAUGAUGAAGAAAAUGAUGAGCCAUUAUCUCUUGAAUGGCCAGAAACCAGGAAAAAACAAGCUAUUUACCUUUUUCUCUUUCCCAUUGUCUUCCCUCUCUGGAGCACGGUGCCUGAUGUUAGAAACCCAGACUCCAAAAAAUUCUUUGUCAUCACGUUUUUUGGAUCCAUCAUCUGGAUUGCAGUAUUCUCUUACCUCAUGGUGUGGUGGGCUCACCAGGUUGGUGAAACAAUUGGGAUAUCAGAAGAAAUUAUGGGAUUAACCAUACUGGCAGCAGGAACAUCAAUCCCUGACCUUAUCACCAGCGUCAUUGUUGCACGCAAAGGCUUAGGCGACAUGGCUGUCUCCAGUUCUGUAGGCAGUAAUAUCUUCGAUAUCACUGUUGGUUUGCCAGUUCCUUGGUUCCUUUAUUCUGUCUUCAACGGACUUAGUCCAGUUGCAGUCAGUAGUAAUGGUUUGUUUUGUGCAAUUGUUCUCCUUUUUCUAAUGCUCCUGUUUGUAAUCAUCUCAAUUGCUGCAUGUAAGUGGAAAAUGAACAAGAUACUAGGGCUCACUAUGUUUGCUCUUUACUUUGUGUUUUUGAUCAUCAGUGUGAUGUUAGAAGACAGGAUAAUAUCCUGCCCUGUAUCUGUAUGACAUUUGGACACUCCAAGCAUUAUUGUUCUUCUAAAUAAGAUUGAUAUAUAUACACACACACCAAAAUCAAAAGGGGUUUAAGAUAGCUAUUGUUCUACUGAAUCAACACAAUCUGAAUUAUAACAUACACUUACCAAGAUUAAAAUUAAAAUAUCUUCAAUCUAUUAAAACAAAAAUCCAAAUGGUGCAUCUGCUUCUACUGUUUUCCUUUGGAUCCAAAAAGAUCAGGAAUCAGCACAGAACGUUAUUCAUCAUAGUAAGUCUUUUUCAGCAUCACACUCCAAAUUAUUCAUUUAACAAACUGCUUGAGCUCACUAAAGUCAAUGAACUUCACUCCAGUGGGAACAAAAUCAGACCUUUAUGGUUUGUUCCACUCCUUUGCCUAAAAUCCCUGGGUGGACACACAUUUUGCAUUUCAGAAGUGAACUCCCUUAAACUGCAUAAAAGCAAUGAGCCUCCACACAGAGCACAUCAUUUCUUAAGGUUUGCACUGUAGCUAGUUUGCCAUGACUUCCCUGUGCAGAGGACAACAGUCAUCCUCUCAUUGAGAGCCACUACAAAGCAUCUACAAUGGGUAUUCAACAUACCUCCAGAAAGGUGUACAAAGAUGUGAUGAUGCACAUUACAAGUGAUGACUGUUGCUGGCCCCUUAAGACCAUGGGAAACAUAAUACUAACAUUUUCAGGGAAAAAGUAAAGCAAUAGAAGUUAUUUCUCCAUGCAGUAGAAAACAGGAUUUGAAAGUCGCACAGCAGUCCACUUGGCUUCUUUAAGUAGCAUCUAAUCUUGCAAUACAAUCCCAAAAUUUAUUGGCAAUUACAACCAAUGCAAGUGUGAUAUCAUAUGGAUUUAUAUCUCACUCUAAAGAGACUAAAUGGAUCUGGGGCGAGAAUACCAAACUGCAAACUAUUAAAAGCUAAAAUCAGGAAGUGGAAAACAUUACCAUAAGAGGAAGUUGAAAUGCUCGAGUUUGGUUUUCAUCCUGACACUAGCCUCUGGAAUUUAGAGACUGCUGUAUCUGGCAUUAGUUCCUGUUCUCAGCCCUGUCUUUACACAACCUUUAUGAAAAAUGUCACUGACAUCAACUAUCAAAAAGCGUGAAGGAUUUAUUGUUAACAUUGCCUCAUGUGAGCAAACAAUGUAGUUAAAAGUUGCAAACAUUUCUGUCAUUCUAAACCAUUUAAUAAAAUUUUAAU